AUGGCUGGAGCUCUCAUGGGUCCAGGCCCCCUGACCCAGGAGAAGAGGAGGAAGUCCAAGGAAAGAUGGGUCCCAGCCCCCAGCCUGGCAUUUGCCUUGCCCCAGGCUGGCAGUCACCCCUACUUCAACCUGUCCGACUUCACCCAGCCAUCGCCGCCCUCCACUCCGCCCAGCCUCCCCUCGCAUCAGCGCUGCCGGCCCUCCAAUGCCACCAAGGGCCUGCUCAUGGCCCUGCUGGGUGGGGGCCUGCCCGCUGGCUUCGUGGGCCCCUUCUCCCGUAUGGCUUACCAGGCCUCCCACUUACCCUCGCUGGAGCUGCUCAUCUGUCGAUGCCUCUUCCACCUCCCCAUUGCCUUGCUACUUAAACUGCGUGGCGACCCACUGUUGGGACCUCCCGAUGUUCGGGGCCGGGCCUGCCUCCACGCCCUGCUCAACGUCCUCAGCAUUGGAUGCGCCUACAGUGCGGUUCAGGUGGUGCCCCCUGGCAACGCUGCCACUGUCCGCAAAGGUUCUUCCACCGUGUGCUCUGCCCUCCUCGCCCUCUGCCUCGAGAGCCAGGGUCUCAGCGGCUACGAUUGGUGUGGCCUGUUGGGCAGCACCCUGGGACUAAUCAUCAUUGUGGGACCUGGACUAGGGACGCUGCAGGAGGGGACCACGGGCCUCUACACCGCCCUGGGCUAUGUGCUCGCUUUCCUGAGUGGCCUGGCACUGUCCCUAGGGCUUCUAGUGUAUCGCUCCCUGAACUUCCCCUCCUGCCUACCAACAGUGGCCUUCCUGUUUGGCUUGGUGGGGCUAGCAGUCUCCGUGCCAGCCCUCUUUGUGCUGCAGACCCCCAUACUGCCCAAUGAUCUUCUGAGUUGGACCUGUGUGGGGGCAGUGGGGAUCCUUGCCCUGGUCUCCUUUGUGUGUGUGAGCUAUGCGGUCACCAAGGCCCACCCUGCCCUAGUGUGUGCCGUCCUGCACUCCGAGGUGGUGGUGGCCCUGAUGCUGCAGUAUUAUGUGCUCUAUGAGAAUGUGGCACCUUCUGACAUCAUGGGGGCAGGGGUGGUGUUGGGUAGCAUUGCCAUCAUCACUGCCCAGAACCUCAGCUGUGAGAGGGAAGGGCAGGUGGAGGAGUGAGAUGGAACUUGAGAGCCUGGGGGUUGGGGGGGCAGGGGUAAAUAGAAGGAGAGACUGGAAUACAAACAUAGGAGAACAAGUGACUGCAAAAGAACUGGUGUGGGAGAGGGAAACCCCUUGGAGUCAAGGGUGACUUGGGGACCUUGGGGAUGUGGUAGAGAGGGACUGCCUGGAAGACCUAGGGACCAAGAGAUGUGGAGUCUAGGCUGGGGCUUGGAGAUCAGGGCAUAACUAAGGGAUAAGGUCUGAGCAGCACAUCAAAGGGGCUGAGGCAGGCAGGCCAUGAGCCAUGGGGAGGAUUUUCCCCUCAGAAGCAGAGAAGAGCAUUGGGGCUGGAGUGUUUGGGGCUUUCAGACAAACAGAGCAAGCAGCUGUGCUGGGGGAAGGGAGUGUGCAUUUUUUCCCUGAGCGUCGGUUUCCCUUCCUCGUGGUUGUGCCCCCCUCCCCCUUGGGGUGGUGACGUGACAUUGACAUCAAACGAGGAUCACUCUGAAUGUGGCUGUGCAGUUGGUGUCAUCUCUGCUUCGGAAGAAGAGUGCAAGUCCUACCCUGUUCUUAUUGGAGAAUCCCUUGGGAUCCCCGCCCCCCAUCUUAUUUCUGAAAUAUUCUAGAAGGGGGAGGAUUUCCUAAUGUUCAGACGCCUUGACCUCGAAUCCCCCAGGACUUCUGUGUCCCGCCCCACGGCUAAUCUGCUUUUCCCGGAUUGUCGCGGUCCCGUGAUCGCUCCCGGACAGCGGCCAGCCUCCUUCUGGAGCAGGUCUCCGAGCUGAGGCCUCUUCGACCGGUUCAGGCCGGGGAUCCAGGACCAGAGCUCCGUACAGCGCUCCAUUAGAGGCCAGGAGAUGCCCACCCCUACCAGGAGGCCGCUCAAUAAAUAUCAGCUACUUCCGGACAAGCAAUUGGCCUCGCCAUCU